GAACAGAGUAGACCUCGCUGUGGUUGGCCAAUCCUCACACAUUAUCCUCUCCCCCUCAUCCAUGCCGCCGAGGCCGAGAGUAUAACCAGCUUAACCAGAUCAGAACACACCCCUCGGCAGGCACAUCUCGGUCUCCUCUCCUCUCUCGCUGCUCGCGCCUACGCAGCCUCACCCACCAAUCCUCUCCCCCUCCGCUCGCCGGAGAUGGUGUCGCUUAGAUGCACCACCGCCCACCACAGCCUCCUCGGCUCGCCGUCCUGCCUCGCGCGCCCGCGGCGGGGGUGCACCGUCGUGCGGGCCGCCGCCGCCGUUGAGGCCGGUGCGCAGGCCAAGGUCUCCCUCAUCCGGAUUGGGACUCGUGGAAGUCCUCUUGCACUUGCACAGGCCCAUGAAACCCGAGAUAAGCUGAAAGCUGCACACUCAGAGUUAGCUGAUGAUGGGGCUGUUGAGAUCGUCAUAAUAAAGACCACAGGAGACAUGAUCUUGGACAAACCCCUUGCAGAUAUAGGAGGCAAGGGUCUAUUCACCAAGGAGAUAGAUGAUGCACUCUUGCAGGGAAGGAUUGACAUUGCAGUUCACUCAAUGAAAGAUGUUCCAACAUAUCUACCUGAAGGCACAAUAUUACCUUGUAACCUCCCACGAGAAGAUGUGAGAGAUGCAUUUAUAUGCUUGACUGCAAAUUCUCUUGCGGAGCUUCCUGCUGGUAGUGUUGUCGGAAGUGCUUCCCUGCGAAGACAAUCUCAGAUUCUCUAUAGAUAUCCAUCACUAAAAGUUGUUAAUUUCAGAGGAAAUGUUCAGACAAGGUUAAGGAAACUCAAAGAAGGAGAUGUCCAUGCUACAUUGUUGGCACUGGCUGGACUAAAGCGAUUAAAUAUGGCAGAAACUGCAACAUCUGUACUAUCAGUGGAAGAAAUGCUUCCAGCAGUUGCCCAAGGUGCUAUUGGAAUAGCUUGCAGAAGCAACGAUGACAAAAUGAUGGAAUAUCUAUCCUCGUUGAACCAUGAGGAUACCAGAUUAGCUGUUGCAAGCGAAAGAGAAUUCUUGGCAGUUCUUGAUGGUAACUGCCGAACUCCAAUUGCGGCAUAUGCUUACCGUGAUAAGGAUGGGAAUUGCUCAUUCCGAGGUCUAUUGGCUUCACCAGAUGGAUCUACAGUAUUUGAGACAACAAGAAGUGGACCGUACUCUUUCGAUGACAUGGUUGCUAUGGGCAAAGACGCCGGUCAUGAGCUGAAAGCAAAGGCUGGUCCUGGCUUCUUCGAUAGCUUGCAAUGAAAAUAAUACACCACGACAUGCAGUUUCUAUUGCCACUCUUUUGGUUAGAAACAGACGGCCGAAGUAGAGUAUUGAGAGGGUUGUUUUUGUUUUCUUUUUUCUCCUAGUUCCGCUAGAGCCUUGUACCACAGAUUGAGCAGUCCCAUUUAAAUUUGCAUCUCCUGUUCUUUUAGCUCUCUGGUUUAGAACCUGAACGUCCACGGUUUUGUAAUCCCUUGAGUUGUGUCGGUAUCUGCGCAGCUAUGUUGUAACCUUGUAACUUAAUGUAACUUUGCAGAUAGUUGUUUCAAGAAUAAUUGAGUUCUGAAGCUUCAUGA